CUGCUCUUCAACCCCUUCAACAUCAUGGCAAGCAACAGCAGCACUACAACCCCCUCUCUCGAGGUGGCCAUUGUAGGUGGUGGCAUCAUCGGAGCCAUGACAGCUCUCGGCCUGAUAAAUCGAGGGAUCAAAGUGACCAUUUACGAGCGCGCCUCCAGCUGGCACGAGAUCGGCGCUGGAUUUUCGUUCACUGGCGUGGCCCAGGAGUGUAUGCGGCGCCUGGAUCCUGGCAUCUUUGACGUGCUGGGCCGCAUCAGCCAGAAGUCGGAUCCUAACAAUGCAAGCACGAGCUAUUGGAAUGCCUACCAUCCACAGACAAAGCAGGAGGCCGAGGAUGAAUCGACCUCACUGCUCUUCCAAAUGCCGGGCAACAAGCUCUCAUUCUGGGGCUGCGUGCGCUCACACUUCCUGUUAGGCAUGGUUGCACUGCUGCCAGAUGGUGCAGCCAAGUUUGGGAAGCAGCUUGUGAGCUACGACGACAACGAUUCGAACGAUAAAGUGGUCCUCCAUUUUGCCGACGGUAGCACGGCCGAGGCACAUGCUGUGCUUGGGUGCGAUGGCAUCCACUCGACCACCCGAAAGGUGCUUCUCGGCGCUAAUCACCCGGCAACCCGUCCCAGCUAUACUCACACGGUUGCUUACCGAACGAUGCUGCCCAUUGACGCCGGCAUCGCCGCCCUCGGUGAGGCCAAGGCAAUGAGCGGUUGUAUGCACUGUGGUCCGAACGCCAACAUGAUGUCGUAUCCUGUCAUGAACGGAACCCUCCUAAACGUUGCCUUCUUCGCCCAUGAGUCCUCAGAGUUCCCUGACCCAGAGAGAAUGACGGCUCCGGCCACACGCGAUGAGCUCGAGCGGAUCGUGGUCGGCUGGGGCCCGCACCUGGUCGACAUUGCGAAGUGCUUCCCAGAGAACAUGGUCAAAUGGGGGAUCUUUGACAUGGACGAACACCCGGCGCCAACAUAUGCUCGCGGUCGCGUCUGCCUGGCCGGUGAUGCUGCUCAUGCCAGCAGCCCGUUCCAGGGUGUCGGUGCCUGUAUCGGUGUCGAAGACGCUCUUGUGCUUUGUGAAGCCUUGGAUAUCGUGAAGGCCAGCAGCAAUAGUGGCGAUCAUCGUGACCAGAGAGCGGCGAUUGUACACGCACUGCAGGCCUAUAGCCAAGCAAGGAUGGAGCGUGGAAAAUGGGUUGUGCGUAGCUCGCGCGAGAUGGGCCAAAUGUACCAGUGGCGAUAUGGUCCCACGGGGCGGGAUGCUGAGAGGAGCAAACUGAAGCUUGAGAGAGCCUCCCGAAUCAUAUGGGACUACGAUGUUGAAAAGAUGGUUACAAACAUCAAAGCUGCAGCUACUUAA